AUAUGGUUGGAGCCCACGAUAAAAUCAUAGAUAGAUAGAAGUGGGUCCCAGUUUCCACCCCUCGCCCACUGGCCAUCCCCGAUUUCCUUUGUGGUCCGUGCCCGCCGGUGGUGGUCGUCGCUUUGCUAAUACGACUCUCCAUAUAAAGUCGCCGUCAGCCGAUGUUUCCCCUUCUCUCUCGCUCUAGUUCUCUCAAAGCUGGGCAACGUUGAGAAGCUGGAGAGAUUACUUGAAAAAUUUUGACACUGAACUUUCGUCGAUCGCCCCCACCACUCUCUCUCGCUCUACUUUUCUUUUUCCUUCGUUGUCUUUCUGGUUUCUCUCUCUAGUUCUGCUUUCGGAGAUCUAAGGGGGGCGGGGGGGAGUUUUGGGGCCUUUAUGCGUCGAAGGCCUCUGAUGAGAGGAUGGGCGGAGUCACGUCGUCGAUCGCCGCGAAAUUCGCCUUCUUUCCGCCGAGCCCUCCGUCAUACACUGUGGUCGCCGACGAAUCGUGUGGCGGGAGGCUGUUCAUUCCAGAGGUCCCGAGAAGGGAGGACGUUGACGUGCUGAAGCUCCGCACGAGGCGAGGAAAUGAAAUCGCGGCCUUGCACUUCAGGCACCCCAAAGCUAAUGCCACUCUCCUCUACUCCCAUGGCAAUGCGGCUGAUUUGGGACAGAUGUUUGAGCUCUUUCUCGAGCUCACCCUCCGCCUUCGUAUCAAUCUUAUUGGGUAUGAUUACUCUGGCUACGGACAAUCAACUGGAAAGCCAUCUGAAUGUAAUACAUAUGCAGACAUUGAUGCAGUGUAUAAAUGCCUCCAGGAACAGUAUGGAGUUAAAAAUGAACAAUUAAUAUUAUAUGGUCAGUCUGUUGGUAGUGGGCCUACACUUGAUCUUGCUUCCCGCAUAACAAAUUUGAGAGGGGUGGUUUUACAUAGCCCAAUUUUAUCUGGGAUGAGAGUGCUGUACCCUGUCAAACGGACAUACUGGUUUGAUAUUUACAGGAAUAUUGACAAGAUCGGUUUGGUGACCUGUCCUGUUCUGGUUAUCCAUGGGACAGCAGAUGAAGUUGUUGACUGCUCCCAUGGGAAGCAGCUGUGGGAACUAUGCAAGGAAAAGUAUGAACCCUUGUGGAUAAGCGGAGGCGGACAUUGCAAUCUUGAGCUCUACCCUGAGUUCAUUAAACAUUUGAAGAAAUUUGUACAGAUGAUUAGCAAAUCAAAGGCAGUCCCAAAUGGUUCUAAAAAUCCAAUAGUAGACACUGACAAUCCAAGCAAACCAUCUGAUAGUGGAACUUCAGAUACAUUUGAAUUGGUUGCUGACCUUCCUGAGGUUUCUAGAAACAGUUUAGAUAGUCGACUUGAGAAGUCCAAGAAGUCAAAGAAGCCCGAGAAGUCACGGAUGAGCACUGACCGUGUUGACAGGUUUUGGAGAAAAAAGGGCUUGGUCUGGUGAUUGCAUGAGCAAUGAGCAUCUGAGAAGUUAAAUUUAUUGUUGUGCUUCUGUAAGGAUGUAUAAACUCUUGUGUAAAGAUUCUCAAAUUGAGUGUGAUUUUUCGUAUAAAUGUCGGGAUCGAUGUGUAUGUUCAGAACUAUCAAAACAUAAUAGAGAGAAAUCUUUGGUAUUGCAUCUGGAAAA